GGACAGUAAUAUAACGUAAGCAACGACAUAGUGCGCUGCGAAUUAACAUGAGUUCCCUGAGGGUGAUUUCUGACACAGAAAGUCCUGAGAUGAAGAAUAUAAGCAGCAAUUUACCUCCAACCUGGGAAAUGUGGAUUUGGAGCACGUCAUUUCUGAUGGGAAGCUUAGCCACUUUAGUAGCAAAUCUGAUCACGUUUCAAGUCUUCUGGAAUCAAAGAAGAAAUUUAAGGCAGACUAGCUUUGUAUUAGUCAACUUGGCCUUGGCUGACCUCAGCGUGGGUUUGUCAGAGGGAUGUUUUGCUGUGGAGAACUUGCUGUCAAGUUACAUGGGAAAAAAGCCCACUGAAAUAGGAUGUUUAGCUGUUGACGUUUUCUCAGAAGGCGCUUCUUUGACCUUCCUGGGUCUUAUGUCGCUAGAGAGAAUGCAUGCUGUGUUUUGGCCUCUCCGACAUCGCAUGACCAGACCUCGCAGUUAUAUUUAUGCUAUCUGUACAUUAUGGUUCUUUACCACCAUGACGACCGUCCUGUUCAUUUUAUCUUACGUAGGACUUGUUAACCAGAUAAUAACGAUUGGUCUAUUUGUGUUUAUAAUGGCUGUUAUUCCCAUUAGCAUCUGUGUUGUUUACUCAAGAAUCUGGCUUCAUUUGCGACACAUAAAGAAGCAAAGCUUAAGAAAACACCGCAGCCCGAAAACAAACAAGCUGACCAAGACUUUGUUGAUUGCUUCUUUUCUUUCAUUGGCUGCAUGGCUUCCUUUAGGCGUUGCGUUACUGGUUAAGUUCCUUUGUGUCGGCUGCUUGUCGUCAGUGAAUGUGACUCGAUUGGUUUACGGAGGGAGAAUCCUUCAGUAUGGCAACUCCCUUUUGAACCCAGUUGUUUAUAGCUUACGGAUCCCCGAGUUUAAAGACAAGAUAAUUCAGCUAUUUUGUAAGCAGCGUCGCCGGAAAUUACGACGAACUGCUCCAGAAACGGCAUGCCAGGUGCACGCGUUAAGAUCAGCAACUCCAGUGUUACUUUCGUUUACAUCGUCAAACUCACCACUGCAUCUAGAACGGUCAGGAGUAGAAACAUGCUUCACGAUGACAAGUAAUUUAUAA